AUGGCCCUUGAAAUCCUCGAGCAAGGGCGCGCGAUAUUUUGGACUCAUACCUUACGCCUCCGCUCGCCAUUCGAUGCCGUACCGGAGAAGAAUCGCAGUCAGCUGCUGCUUCUCGCCAGACAGCUAGAACGCACCGAUCCUGCGGCAAAGGACCCACGAGCGGUGGAAUCGGAGGUCACGCGGAGGAGGAAGCAAAGCGAACAGUUCAACGCACUCCUGGAGACGAUACGCAGAUAUCCCGGAAUGGAACGCUUUCUUCUUCCCGAUGAAUAUGCGAAACUGGCUACAGCGGCGAAGGAAGGACCGGUCGUUGUACUUGUUUCCAGCGCGCUAGGCUGUCAUGCGGUAGUCAUCAACUCCUCUGGCGAUGUUAUGGGCAUACCUCUCAAGCAGCCUGCUACCGGUCGAGGCCGCCCUCGUGUAUGGUGGUGUCCCACCGGAAACUUCGUGCAUCUUCCGAUCCAUGCUGCAGGUGCCGACGGCGAUUGGGCCACGAAUUACAUCGUAUCCUCAUAUACGCCAACCCUGGGAUAUCUGAUCAGUGCCAGAGAAGCUUGUGAGCCACCGAAGAAGAGCGAUAUACUUGCUUUACUGGCUGCGGUUCCCCAGCCAAACACAUCGCAGUGGCAUGACCUCCUCUUUAGUCGCGAGGAAGUCUCUAUUGUCAGCGAAAUCCUACCCGCAGGCAUGGAGAUACCCGUCAUCCCUGCUAAUUGCACUCUCGGGAAACAUGAAAACGGGAUCACUGCUGAAAGGCUACUGAAGAACUUACCUAAGGCGACAAUCUUGCACCUUGCGUGCCAUGCCUACCAGGAUCCGGAGAAUGCUCUGAAAAGCGGAUUCGUGAUGCAAGACGAGACGCUCACAAUAGAAAGGUUGAUGCAAACACCUCUUUCGUGUGCGUUCAUGGCGUUUCUGAGCGCCUGCGAAACCGCGAAAGGAGACAAGGAUCAGCCGGACCAAGUCGUCCACCUUGCCGCAACUUUGCUGUUUGCCGGAUUCAAGACUGUGAUCGCUACGCUCUGGUCAAUGGAGGACGUGGAUGGGCCGCUCAUCGCCAAAUCCGUGUACGAGGACCUCUUUAGCCGCGAUGCGGAGUACCUCAAUCCCGACGACAUCGCAUAUGCCCUUGACGAGGCAGUCCUGAAGCUCAGACUCGUGCACCCUGAGCCGAGUCGAUGGGCGCCUUAUAUUCAUCUCGGAAUCUGA